AUGUCCACGGAGGGCUGCAGACUUCCCUCACUUGGCUCCAAACUGCGCACAAGGAGACGCAAGGAAAAGAUUCAAAUUUGGAGUGCUGUCGCGCUUCAGCAGCAUUUUGCUCGUGGGGCGUUGCUGACUAGUGAGUUGCCAACAUUAGAGGAGGCGCCGCCGCCGCUCCCUGGAGGCCGGCUGACGCUUGCGCAGAAAAUGGGACUUGUGCCACUGCCGCCGCCUGCUCCCACCGAAGAAGAUUGGCGGAGAAUUGAAGGCACCGCAGUGCGCCGCAAUUUUGCGAUGCCGCUUGGAGCCAAUGUUUGUUGCAUAUGUCAGGAGCCCUUUUACGCCACAAUGGAGCAAGGGCAGAUAGUAUUAAGCUGUUCACAUGUCUUUCAUGAGCAGUGCUUUUGUCGUUUUGAAAAACUCGCGAGACGAUCACAUGACAAGUGGGGUGCAAAGCGUCUCUGUUGCCCUGUCUGCCGGAAUAGGCAUUAUCACAAGCGUAUUUUCUAUGCAGGCAAGGCGAUGGCGGAGCGUGCUGCCAUUGUGAAAAUUCAGGCUUUUUUUCGUCGGGUCUUGGCGCGAAAGGCUUAUUUGAAGCUACGGCUGGAGAAUGACAGCGACUUUUCUGGUGAGUAUGCACGGGAACGUCUGACGCGGCUGUCCGACGCAUACGCCGCGUACGCUGAGCGUCGUGAAAAGGAGCGGUCCGCCAUGUUAGAUAACAUCGGCCUCCGCCUGCAGCGUGCCCUUGCGCAGUGCACAACCAGAGAGGAGUGGAAUACGCUUCGUGAGCGAGCGGAUAGAGCGGUGGCGACGGGCGGCUUGGAUUGCCCCAUCUGUUUCUGUGCUAUUCAGCGGAACCCGCAUGCUGACGAUGUUCAGAAGGGCGUUACCGGAGAAGAUGUCGUUGCGGCUUUUCGAAGAGAAUACGAUGCCCGCAUGGCCCAAAGACGUAACACGGAAAUUAGGGGGGAGCGACUUUCAAAGGUGGCAUGCAGGCGUAGUAAUUGCGUCAAUAUAAAGGCGCAGUCAAAGUUGACUGAAUGUCGGCCAAGCACGUCCGCGGCACGUCUAUCUCAACCGCCGAACCCAUCAAGCAAAAAUAGCAACAGUCGUGCGGGUUGCAUGAAGACGACUGGGAAGACACCGGGAGAACCGCGGUACGGCCUUUUGUUGAGUUGUGGGCACUGCUUCCAUGAUGCAUGUCUUUCUUCAUUUGAGCACUAUACGGAGAUGAGGGCGAUAGAGAAGGGUGAUGCCGUACUUAUCCCUUGUUGCCCGCUUUGCCGUUCCGCCUAUGUGAAGGUGGAUUAUUAA